UCGUAAAGUAUGUCGAAACUUGAGAACCACCAUUGAUAAAAUGCAGAUUCAAUUUGAUAACAUCUGGCUCGGCAUGUAUGAUAAUUUCGUUGAAAUGUCGCUUGAUGGAAUUGUUAUCAAUUACUCAAAUGCAUUGAAUAUUGGUACAGCUGUUUGUACCAGACAAAGGAGAAAGAUAGUCGGCGGAGAAAGGUUCAUGAACCUAGUGUUCAAGGAUUCGAGUACAGCCCUGGAUCAGGUAGCGGAAUUGCAUAUCACUAACAACACAAGAAUGGUUAGCGGCAUUGGAGCACCUUUGAUAGACGUCUUGAAAGCCAAGAGACGUGUUCACGUGAAAAAAAUCGUUUUCGAAAAUUUCCGGUUCCAAAGCAUUUGUUCCAUUCUGCCGUUUUUUGCUGCAGGGGACCUGGAAGAGAUUGGAGUGUGGGGUACUCGGGUUGGUGAUCAAUUUGAUCAAAUCACUAAAUUGGAGCAAUGGAAAAAUGCGGAAACAUUUAAUAUGUUGUUUAGUAAACUUGAUGGUAAAUGCAUCAAACAGCUGUUCCAUUUCGAUGAGUUCAAUGUCUCAAUUGAUGACUUUCCAAUUGAAAGUGCUAUUGAAAUUCGAGAUGAUCUCAUGAAAAGAAGCACAUUUCAUAAGUGUUCGAUCUCUUUCCGUAGCGAUAAUCUAAUAGAACUCGGAAAAGUAUUUCAGCCGGACUAUAAUGGUGGUACUGAUUAUGAGUUCGAGUAUUCAAACGAUGAUGAUGACACAUUUUUGAUUAUGUGUGUGGACAUGCAACCGGAGAGUUCAUGGUUCUGGAUUAUACAUGUUUACGAAUGA